AUGAUUAACAUCACUGACCUGCCCUGUGAAGAAUGUGGCGAGUACAUCGUGACUGAAGGAGGCCUGGUGGUGCAAUGGCCAAGCUCUCGGCUGCUGGCCCACCCAGUGGCUCCGCAGGAGAAUGGCCUGGUGGUCUGCUCCCAGGAAGGUGGCAGCCUAGAGACCCCCCGCGGCCCCGAGCGCGGGCUGGAGGGCGCGCUGGCCGAGCUCCGGGAGCAGCUGGGCAGAAUGCAGUUCGGUGUCAAAGUAAGUGGCUACGCGGCGCGGGGCGCGGGGUCCCGGCAGCAGGUUAGGGUCCCCGGGGCGGCCACGGGACGGAAAGCCGCGCCUGCGCCCCGCCGGUGCCCAUGCGGGCCCCGAGGGGUGUUCCGGUACCAUUUAAGACAACAGGACGCGGGCCUGAGAGCCCACCUGGACCAGGUGGGUCAGCAGAUCAGUGAGCUGCAGCUGGGCGUGUGCCGGGGCGCCAGUGAGGCCCCGGAUGGCGACAGCCGGCCCAGCUCAGGUUUCUACGAGCUGAGCGAUGUGGCUUCCUGCUCCCGCUCCACCUCCUGCACCUCGGUUUGCAGCGAGUCUGUGUCCUCCUCCCGCAGCAACCUGCAGCCCGGGGCCUGGCCCCCCACGGCCAGGCCUGGCGAGUACCGGCCACGGUCCGCGGACGAGACCACGGUGUGUGCGGCGCCCGGACCUGCUCCGAGACCCCACAUCUCGGAGGGCAGAGCGGAGGGCCGCGGCGGGGCCUGGGGCAGCUUCAGGCCCAGGCCUGUGUCCACAGGAGACCUUGAGAGGGCUGCGCUGACCGAGGUCAGCCAAAGAGCCGGCACCCACACCCAGUCCAGGGCCCCACUGAGCUGCGGGGUUGACAUCCUGCCACACACAGUGGACCCCAAGUACCAGAGUGACCUGGUGUCUCGGAGUGGCAAGGAGGUAUACGCCUACCCCAGCCCCCUGCACGCGGUGGCCCUUCAGAGCCCCCUGUUCACUCUGACCACGGAGCCCCCACAGGUUGGCAGCAGUGAGCACCCCAGGGACACCCCUCCUAGCUCCAUGGGUGUGAGCUCCCUCAGGGCCAGGACCAGACCCAUCCCUGAGACAAGCCCUGCAGGGGCCUACAUUGACAAGCUGCUGCGGCGGUCUCAGGGCUGGGGGAGCCCCCUGAGGGGCAGUAUGGGGGAAUGGGGGUUCCCCAGGUGUGGGGUAUCUCCACCCCAGCAGGUAUGCAGUGGACAGAGUGUGGGCCAGGAAAGGCGGUCUGAGAAGCUGGUCAGCCCUCCAGGGAGCAAAGAAGGGCAAGGCGUGGGUCGGAAUGGGGACACCCCCUGGGGGAGCCCCACGCAGCUGGGACCCCUGUCCCAGCUGGACGCCCAGCAGCCUGCCGGCCUUCCAGAAGUUUCCGCACCCUCAGAGGACUGCAUCCUUGGGAAGAUCACCUGGGGCCCCCUCCUCGUGGAGCAGGAGAGCCCCCCUGACCCCCAUGCCCCGUUGCCCCACUCUGCCCCCCGUUACUGGGAUAACAAAGCUGACCUGACCUGUAAGGAAGGGGGCACCGUGAGUCCCUCUCCAGUUUGGAGGCAGCUUGUCCACACCCCGUUUGCUGCUGUCCCUGGAGCCUACCCUUCACGGCUGAAAACAGGCAGCCCCAGGGUCAGAGCUACAAAAGUCAAGCGGAGGGCAAGCAACAGGGCGCUGAGGUUUGGCAGAGAGGCGCUGAGGUUCCCAGACAGGCAGUGGGAGGCCCACAGGGUGCCCUGGCUGUCACCAGAGUGGGACCCUUCCCAGGGGCCCCACAGGGACGACAGUGUCAGGGGGAGGGUGGCCAUGGCCAGGGAGGUGCCGGGCCGGGCCUUCUCCGAGACCAGCCUCUACCCGGUUCCCUUCCUGGUGCCCCUGCUGGUGGCCCGGCGGGAGAACCGUCAUGCAUCAGCCCAGGUCCUCUACCCGCUGGGCGCUGCCCCUCUUGGUGUGGCGGCUAGCAGCUGGGCCAGGAAGCAGCAGCGGAGAUGGCAGUCCUCAGUGCAGAUCUCCGCCGGAGCCCACCCUGGCCAGGGGCCGCGCAGACCACCGGGGAGGAGGGCAGGCGCUCCCCAGGGCAGGCGGCUGCGGCCAGGCCCCUGUGGCCGCAGCGAGUCACGGCGCUCUGAGCACUUGGCUGAGUGUGGCUCCCUCGUCCGCUCCACUAUCACCGAGACCAGUGAGGAUGAGGAUGGCAGUGACCACACUGCCAACCGCUUCGGGGAUGGGGAGUCCAGCAACAGUGAGGGCGAGGGAGGCUGUGGCCAGGGCAGGAGCGGCCUGGUGCUAGGCCAAGGGCCACCCAGGCCAGGGAAGCCCACCGAGCCUCCAGCAGCUGCCCUGCAGCCCUCGUGGGCCAGCGCUGGGCCGAGGCCACCCCCGAUGCCCAGACUGUGCCGCGUGAAGGCCUCCAGGGCCCUGAAGAAGAAGAUCCGAAGGUUCCAGCCUGCAGCGCUCCGGGUCAUGACCAUGAUGUGA